AUGGGAUCACCACCAUCCGCUGUUUCACCUCAUUAUGGAACUUCACUUCCUAAUCCACCAGCUGAUGAUGGUCCAGAAGCUAGAAAAGGGUUUUUAAAUCUAGGGUGGUUUAAAACUCUCAAUGGAAUUCUUACCAUAGUCACAAUUAUUGCACUGACAUGUGUAAUUAUCAGCGCUGGUGUAUCAAAUCGACACGAUGGUUACUUUGUCAAUUCAUACGCAAAAAGUCAGAAAAUAAAAACUGCACGUGUGGACGUCGAUAAUACAAGAAAUUCUGUGUUAACAUUUGCCAUUAUUGGUUUGAUUUUGGUACUUGCCGAUCUGAUUAUUCAUGUUUUCAAUUUAAUUGCAAGACUUCCAGCACAGACUGAACGAAUAUUUAGUAUCGUUAUGUUAGUAUUCGCUGCAAUACUCCUUAUACUAGGAUGUUGUGCUGCAGCGUGGGAAAAGAAAAUGGAUGAUGUUAGUAAAGUAGCGAAAACCAAUCAGACGGGUUUUAAAUUAAAACAUAAAGGAGCGCCAGCAGCGGCAGCGUUUUUUUUAUUUGCCGCCAUGCUUUCCAUAAUUGGUGAUCACGUAUCACGAUUAAUCCGACGACAAGAUCCUCCAAUGUAA